CCUUCCAGUAGUACAUUCGCUGCCUUCUAGGGUAGACACAUUGCUCGUUUUUCUCGGAUACGGGGCUUCUCGUCGCUGUGUAUGUUACAUAGAAUCGGCGAGAUUCGUCCACCCUCGGGGAUAUCGUGUUUCUUCGGCUAAUCGAGUGUGGACAGCGACGGAUUCAUCCUCUAAACCGCCCUCUCGACCGGCUGCCUGCUGCGCCAUAAACACCAGACAAUAUGAGGUUCAACGAUCAGAUGAUGAUCUGCAAUUUGAUGCAUCAGAAUGGACUGCAGAACAAUAAUCAGCCUCAGUACUCGCCGGAGAUAAAUCAAAACGAGAACAACAGCGCGACGAUCGAUGACGAGGACGAUAAUAAGCUGCAACAGCAGCAGGACGUGAGCAACGAGGAGUUUCGUCUCGGCCAGGACACCGGUGUUUACUCGUCUCUCGCUCUGACGCGCAACAACAAAAACAACAUAUUCAUCGAUCACAACAUCAAUCUCGACAACAGCUACAAUCUCAGCAGCUCCGCCGAGGAUCUGACCGAUUGCGAGCCCUACUUCGUAGCCAGGUCUCCCCACCCUUCGGAAGACGAGGAGGAGGAGGACGACGACGACGACGACGACGAGCCGGACGAGGACAACUCCGAGUGGUCCGAGUACUCCGAGGACGGGAAUCUACCCCAGGGCUGUCGCGGCAUCGUCAAUCCCAACUAUCCGGGCUUCCAGCACUUGGCCCCGUCGCUGCUGUCCGACACGGACGACACGACGACCGACGACGAGCGCAGCGACCUCGACGACGAGUACGAGGACGAGUACAACAACAACAGCAGCAACGCGCGCGACACCCAGGGCAACGUGAUCAAUCGGCUGGACCUGCUGUCGCUGAGCAACGCCGAGGAGCGCCGCCGCCAGAUCUACCAGCAGACGACCUUCAACAUUCACGAGAGCGUCGGGGCGCUGAUCGAGUGCAUGAACAAGGCCGAGUUCCGCCAGGAGCAGGACGUCGUCGAGGUCCAGCAGCUCAGCACCAAGACGAUGCAGUUCCCCCAGAUCGAGGAGAUCGAGUCCAAGAACAGCAGCGAGGCCGAGGAAGAGGCCGCCCCGUCACUGCCCCCUCUCAACAACAUCAACGUCAACGUCAACGUCAACGUCAACAACAACAGCAGCAACAAACGACACGACGACUCGAUGGAUCUGAUUCGCGAGGCCAGGUCGCUGGAGAAUUUGCAGCAGCAGCCCGGUCUCACCGAGCUCCAGCCGGAAGUGAAAAAGCUCGACCAGAUCGAUCUGCUGGCCGGACUGAGGGCCGACGACGACUGCGAGAUCAGCGCGAGGCAACUGUCCGUGCCCGACGUGGUCGUCGAGAUCGACAACAUGAAGAACGAGGAAAAGAAUCAGAUGAAACACCGACAGCAGCAGCAGCAGCAGCAAAGCAGGAUAGAGAAUGAGUCUUACGACGUUUACAGCACGGAGACGGCGAUGCCGAAAAUCGACAUGGACGUUAUCGAAUCGCACCUCAAGGCCGCCAGAGACGCGGAACGCCGAAGACGCACCAGCCGCGAGGAGAUCCGUCGUCGAGUGGCCAUGGGCCCGGACACGGACGAGGCACGCAGCGCCCAGGGCCGCAAACCCAGCCUACAGUCGCGACUGCUCAACGGCAUGCAGAUGCAGAUCUGCUUCAUGAACGAGAACUCCUCGGACAACGAGUCGUUGGCGGGUCUGGAGUUCAGCGACGAUGCCUCGAGGCCUGCGUCGGUCGCCUCCUCGUCGACCUCGACACCGGCCAAACGCCAGCAGCAGCAGACACCGAAGCCCCAGCCCCAGCCACAGCAACAGCCACCCGUACAGAGGCCGCAACUGCUCGAGAUUCCGCCGCUGAGGCCGGCGCUGCUGCCUCAGGAGUACACGAAGCCCCUCGACGAGGCGGACUUCUUCGCUCGUCAGGCACGCCUGCGCAUGGAGGCCCGCUUGGCCCUGGCUCAAGCCAAGGACCUGGCGCACAUGCACAUGGAGCUCGAGAGACAGAAGAUGAAGUGCUUGCCCAUCACCGAGAUGGUCAGGGCCAGUCUCGACAAGAUCAACGUGCAGCUGGGCGAGGAUCGUCGUCGUCUCACCCGCACGCUGCUCACCGAUCUGAACGUCAAGCAGCUCGAAGUGCUCGCCGAUGACCUUCAUGCGCGCAUCGCCGGCCUCAACGAGGCUCUGGUCGAGGGCCUCAUGCUGCGCGACGAGUUACUCAUGGAACAGGACUCGAUGCUCGUCGACGUCGAGGACUUGACCCGUUAUCUUGGUGCCAAGCAGGAGCUCCUUGAGCGCAAAAUGCAGCUGCAGCAGCAAAAAAUACAACAGCAGCCUGUAAAGUCGCAGCAACAGCAACAAAAUAGUAAGAGAAAAUUGAUAGCCAUCAAUAGACCGACCAAAUUGAUGAUUGGACGUCAGAUGGUUGCUAAUUUGGUACGCAAGUAGUAUACGAGAUGCAAGACGCGCCUGAGAAUUGACACUCGUGAUUUGAUGCGAGCAACGGGAUAAGUGAGCCACAUCUCAUUUUCUCUUUUUUCUUCUUUUCUUUCUUUCCCUUUUUUGUUACAUACCAAUGGCUCGCUGGUGUCAAUUUAUAUUGGAUAUAUUUAUUGGAAGAAAUGAACGUCAAACUUUUGAAAGCCAUCAAAUGAGAUUGCUAUUGUUUGUUUUAGUUUUUUAACGAAAAAUUGUAUUUACGUUAUGGUAGAUAGAAAAAAUUGUUAAGUUUUAAUAUGACUUAUUACAUGACAUAAAGCCAAAGAUAUUAUCUGUAAAUAAUAUUUUUUUUUUAUAUUCGCGAUUUUUUAAAUAGUUAUAUUUCACAUUUGUAUCACUCAGUUACUUGUCGACGUAACUUUCACACCUUCUCAAGUGGUUUACUCAUUCAUCUAAAAUGAAAACUGUCAAAUUACUGAAUCAACUGCUGCGCAGCUUAUAAGCAAUUAUCAACUGUAAUCUGAUAGGCACUGUUCCCUGUAAACUUUAACAAUGGUACGUCAUAAUCGAGAAUCAUAAACAGGACGUUUUAUUUGAAAAAAGGCGCAAUAUUAUUCUUCACAAAGUAAUACACAUCAUCUCAGUAAUAAAUAUGUAUUACAACUCUGCAGUAUAUUUCAAUGCCCGAGACAAAAACUAGCCUACUUCGAAAAUUUCUCAAAUUUAGUCAGUCUCAGAUUGUUGUAGAUAUUUCGAAUUUCGCCUAAAUAUGGGAAAUAUUUUGCUUUUCUGUGGAAAGUACAAUAUGUACUCUAUGCUAAUUGAAAUUCGAAAACCCUACUAUUUGCCAGUUUUCGUCUCGGGGGUCGAUUUGUAAUCUCAACGUUCAAUUAAGACUUUAAUUAGUAGAAACCUUGCUGCUCGCAAAAAUAUUUAAAAUACAAGAGCAGAAACCGAGUGCCGAUUCGUAGCGUUUGAAAAUAAAAAGAUCGACUGCUUUUUAUACUUAGCAUAUUUAAACGAACGAGUCGUUUGCACAAUAACUCGAGAGUAGAUGUAUUGAUGAUAAAAAAACGACCAAUUUUAUUGACUUUAGUUCGAGUUUGACGAAAAAAUCAAAAAUACAGUAUUCGGCUCUCGGUUGACUGCAGAAACAUGAUGAUUUUGUUUUUAUUUACUCACAAGUGCGCUUAAAAAUUCAUCAACUAUAGUUUUUUAUUAUUUCGUUUUGUCUGAAGAGAUGAAGGCCGAACGCUCAUAAUCCAGUUGAAUAAAACCCAACUACCAAACCCGUCCUUUUUUCAUUCUUUCGCAGCAAGAAGAAAAAUAAAUGACGAUUUCAUAUGUUGUCUAUAAAAUAGCAAAAAACAAUAUUGAAUCAUUAUUACCAAUAAUGUUAAUACUUAUACAUGUAUUGUGAAAUUUCGAAUUUGAAAUAAAUGUCAACAAUUAACCUUGGUCUUCGCUAUGUAUUACAAAAAAUGUAGAGAUACAACUUUAUGAAGGUUAAUAAAAGAAGAAAAUAAACUAGAAAAUUAUCUACAAAAUAGUUUAAUCAUAUAAUAAUGAUAAUAAUAGUAAUUAUCAAU